CCUCUCUGUUUGAUUCACUGCACUGGUGACAUUCUUGAAACGACAAACAUAUUUUUGUUGUUUGAAGUCCAUCCAUCCCAUUUUACUUGUUUGGACGAAGCUAUCAUAUCGGGCUGCUUUCUAGUGACGGGCUGAUGGUGUUAUUCGAAAUGCUGCGCACCUGAUAGAAGUCCAUGAGAAUGGUCUCUGGGUAAAUUUUGUCAUUUUACUCCAAGGAUGAAGUAUGGUAGUCAGAAGAGAGUUUAUCAAUUUUUUUCUCUGGGGCAUGAGGGAAUCUGCUCCUGGAGUGUAAACAAAGACCAUGUCAGCGACAUUAGACAAAUGGCUGAAGCCCCAUAGUAAUCCCUCCUCAACUUCCACCAAACCACCUGCUCCAGAUUUCGAUGAGUUCGAUGAUGUCCAGUUAUUAGAAGCUCUUCAAUCUGCUGAGAAUGAAUGUCCUGGAUUUGAUCUUGAAUCGGGAACACGCUGGGUGUAUCCUACUAAUUUGCCUGUACGUCAGUACCAGUUGGACAUCACGAGGACAGCGUUAUUCAGUAACACAUUAGUGGCACUGCCAACUGGUCUGGGCAAGACUUUGAUAGCAGCUGUUGUAAUCUAUAACUUUCAGAGAUGGUAUCCAUCCAAGAAGAUUUUAUUCAUGGCACCCACCAAGCCAUUGGUUGCACAGCAGAUUGAUGCGUGUUGUAAUAUCAUGCGUCUUCCAACAAGUCACUGCUGUACCGUGACAGGGUCGUCACUUCCCAAGCAGCGGACAUCGCUGUGGAAAGAGAAGCGCAUUUUCUUCCUUACACCUCAAGUAGUUCAGAAUGACUUGCAUCGAGGCAUUUGCCCUGCUGGGGACAUAUGUCUGGUCGUAGUGGAUGAAGCACAUCGUGCUCAAGGCAGGCAUUCCUAUGUCGAGGUGGUACGGGAGCUGCACAAGACCAGCAAAAAUAUUCGUGUUCUUGGACUGAGUGCAACGCCUGGAGAAAACAUGCAGGGCGUUCAACAAGUAGUGGAGAACCUGCUGAUAUCCCGUGUGGAGCUACGUACAGAGGAUAGCGCCGAUGUCCGACAAUACGCACAAGACAGGUCCGUUGAGCAGAUGAAGGUGUCACUCAAUGAUGAAAUUGAUCGAAUGAAAGCAGAAUACUUGAAAUUGUUAACCCCACUUCUUCAGCGUUUGCGAUCUGAUGGCAACUUGUGGAUAUCCAACAUGGAGCAGCCGACUAAUCUGCGAAACGUUCUCAUUGUUGCCAAGAAGAAGUUCCAGGCCGGACGUCAGUUCAAUCAAAAUGCCGCAGCUAUGAACAGCGUUGACAAGGACUACGCCAUGGCACUUAGUCUUGCUCACUCCUUUGAAAUCCUUCAAACACACGGCCUGUGGUGCUUGUACCAAACUCUGGUCACUGCCAGCAGCCAGCGUGCACCUCAGAUGUCUGUCACCGGAAUACGCCGUAUCUUCUCCCAGUUGGAGAGCCACUUUUCAUCUGCUGAUCGAUUGCCUGGCCAGCCCUCAGCCAUAAGCCAUCCUAAAAUGGCUGUCUUGAAGGAGGUUGUGAAUGCUCACUUCCGUGAGCAUGGCGAGUCUACGAGAGUAAUCAUCUUCUCACAGUUCCGUGUGUCCGUGGAGGAGAUAGCCGCCACGCUACGUGCUACGUCGCCAUUGGUGUCGAUUGCUGAAUUUGUUGGUCAAAGUAAUUCUGGCUCCAACAGUGAAGUCACUUCGAACCAAGGCAAGGGACUGACGCAAAAAGAACAACAAAAGGUGCUAGACCAUUUCCGCACGGGCCGUGUCAACACUCUCGUAGCAACAUCUGUAGCAGAGGAAGGCCUGGACAUCGGGUCAGUAGACCUGAUCGUGUGUUUUGACGUGCAGCAAUCUUCACUACGAAUGGUACAGCGCAUGGGACGAACUGGUCGCAAGCGAACUGGAAAGGUUGUGGUGCUGCUUGUUCCAGGGAUAGAGGACAAGUUAAUGGCCAAGGCAUGUGACAAGCAAAAGAAGUUGGCAAAGGAGAUCUUUAACCAUGCUAAUCGCCUGGCUUAUUAUUCCUCCAGCCCGCGCAUGGUGCCCUCGUCUGUUCAUCCCGAGCCACUGAUGAUGCCUAUGGACAAAGAGCAGCUAUCACAGAAACCAGUGACCACGACUGCAGGCAGUGCCGGCAUCACUCCUGCAAAGAAGACACCGGCGGCCAAAGAGAGGAAGCGUGGGACUGGCAAGCAGCAACGCUCCUCUCUGGCUGCAUCAUCAGCAUCGGCAAUGUCAUCACCUCUAUUCCAGUAUGCCACAUCUCAAUCAGCAGCAGUAGCAGCAGCAGCAGUAGCGCUACCCUCUGAUUCAGCCAGCAGUGGCAGUUUUCUCAAUCACACUGGAUCCAUGAGCAGAAAGCAUGCUGGUCCAGCGCCACUGUCUUGUGAAGAGGAGUGUGCUGUCAUCGACUGUAUUCAUAAAUUCUUCCGACCGCCUGCAUUCCGCUCCCCUCGUUUGAGACAGUUAGAUGGUGGUGAAGGCCAGGUCAUGCAGCUACCCCAGUCAACGGCAUCCUGUCUAGAUGAUCAGCGUCUACUGACUAGUGUGCACCGAGUGGAGCAUUCCGAACGUACCCUGGCUUAUGUAGAGCUUAUCAAUAGCUGUGAUGACUUUUCCAACAGUGCAUGCGAGUUACCUACUGUCUCAGAUACAGCCGGCGCUGCUGCUGCUUUGGUGGAUCCUAUGUUGUCGCAUGCAAACGAUCCACUGGCAGAUGAUGCAGUAGGACACAUGGGCGAUGAGCGUUGUGACAUUGCCUAUGUCGAUCAAGAUGCAGCAGAUGUUGCAGAACAGUCGGACCUUGUGCCCAUCCCGCCUAGCUUAUCGUCCCUGUUUGACAAUCUCUCAUCGCAGGCUGUGUGUAAUGAUCCCGUGGCGGAGUGUCGAGAGGCAUUUUCACCCCAUGCUGGUCCUCAGUCUCCUUUUCAUGACUACGAAUGGGAACAUCCUGGCAACGACACAAGCAACACUAGCCAGUUUGAUUGCAGACCGGUUUGGGAAACAGCGGUGGAAGAUUAUGGCCAAGCCAUGUCACCUGUGAAGCCCUUGACUUCCUCAACACCGUGCAAAGUUGUCCUGCCACAGCGAGACAUUGCUAGUUGUAGUUCUUCAACGAGGAAGAAGUCAGCCUGCCAGCGUGACUGGUCUCCUGUUUCCCAUCAUCCUGCAUCCAAGCAGAGAAUGCUGACACCAUCGUUUGCUGGUAACAGCUUCAGCCCUGCCACUUACCAAGCUGCAUUGGAAGGUGUUGAUACUGGCCUGGCUUCUCCCAUCCUGUUUGAGCAUACUAGUAGCCGUACGCCUCCGAGUAGGAACCCCUCUACGGCCAGCGUUCUCUUCUCGCCAGUCAACGGUUCAUGUGCUAAAAGUCUCUCAGAGCAGCGGCAUCACGCACAGUGCAGAUUGGAUAUGCCUGGUAAUCCUGUCAAUGCCAGUUGCACAUUGCUUAGUGCUACUGCACCGCCGCCAGUACGGGCUGCAGGGGCCGCUACCACCGCCGCUGCUGCUGCUCCGGUGGAUAGUAAUGCUGACAUGCGCUAUUCGGUGAGUAUGAGUGAUAGUGUUGAGGAUGGUGAUAUUGUGCAGCCAGAUGACUGGACUGGACGCAUGCAACGACUAGCCUCGGCUACAUCUCUCAACAAGGAGCAGCAGCAGCAGCAGCAGCAGAGACAAUUGGAGGAAUCUAGUCGCAUGCUACCUUGGCUAGAUCUUGAUCUCGAAGAGGAUGACUCUGAAGAGAUGCGCUUGAUUGAAGAAGCAGAAGCAGCGACGGCUGCACCGAACCAAGGAUGUGUUGGUGCAGCAUUCCGACUGUCAGUAACGUCUGGACCCCACACUGACACCAGUGCAGCUGAGCGUGCAGUGGGCGGCUUCAACAUGGAAGAAGACUUUUUGGUUGAGUCUCCUGGCUCUGACCCAGGACAGUUUGAUGUGCCAGUAUGCAGUUCUGGUGGUGUCGCAGGUGUUGCUGCUUCUAAUUUGCAGUCUGUUAGCACUGACAGAGCCGAUGAUGGCAACAACCAAGUGGCUGUGCUCUCCUCACCUACCAGUGAGGGCUUUGACAUUGACCUGACUUUUGAUGAGAAUCUCUUGGAAAUGAUAGAUAGUGGUGCUUCUGUUCUUUGCCAACCACCUGAAUCGAGAGUGUCUCCAUCACGCCCAGAAAUGAAGGAAUCUCCUAGGACGCCAGUUUGCAAAGCGAAGACCACAACAACAACAUCCACAGGCUCUUCCUCUAGCAAAGCUGCCUUCACCACUAGCAGCAACAUCAGCAGCCGUCACAACAGUAGCAGUGUGAUCACUUCACCUUGUUUACCAAGUGCCAACGGUCAAACUGGGAUCACUUCUCCGAAACUGUUCGACACUUUUGCUGACGAUGCCGUCGGAUCACCCGAGCCAGAGGCCGUGCUGUCAGGUGCCUCGCAGUGUUCUAUGCAGUCCUCAAUGUCAGACUCCUCGCCGGUAGCUGUUCUGGGCAAGCGGCGGCGAUGUGCGCAGCCAGACUGGCUUGCGUCACAGCCAGCUCCUCGUCCUGUCACCACCACCUCUACGACUACUGUGACAGUAAAUGGUCGUCUUCCAAACACUCUGAAACGGGCAGCACUCAUUGAUAGUGAGAGUGACAGUUCGGAGGAAACCAGCUUGCUGAAAGGCACACGAUCUGCCAUUGAUGCAACAACCACUGAUGAGUCGCUACUUGCCCCUGUACGGCGCAAGGCCAAUAUCUUGACGGACACCAGUGCCGACUUGAGCGAUCUAUCUCCUCCUGCUAAAGUUUCCAAGAAGUCUGACAUGUCCAAGCGCGUUCGUAUUCAAUCAGACGGCACGGAUAGUGACUUUGAAGCACCAUCAUCUAAGCUUCUGGCUAGAAAGAAGCCGACUGUACAGACUAACAGCAAACAUGUGAAGAUCAUUCAGCCAGCAGCAGCAUCAUCACGUAAGAAAGGCACCAGGGUUGCCACUCAUCACUUACUGGAUUGUGAGGCAGAGGUGGAUGAUGGCGAGGGGUGCUCAUCUGAUGAAGACGUCAACAACACCUACUAUGAUAUCAAUGAUAGUUUCAUUGAUGACGGUUCUUCACAGAUGCUGUCUUCACAGCCUGUAGUCGAGGAGAAGCGAAAGAAAUCCUCAACGGACAUGCACGCUGUUUAUUUGCAAUCUUUGCGCAGCCCGCAGAAUGGAAAUGCUUUGUUUGGUGGUCGGCGUCACGACCAUGGCCGACACGGUGGUAUGAAACUGCGUGUAAGUCAUCGUCAUCAGUUCCUGAGACAGGCUCUUGGCUACGGUGAUUCAGUGUCUACUAGUGUUUCUACGGACGAAGAAGAUGAAGCGGAGGAAGACAAUGCGGUGCACGACAUGAUGUCUGCUUCUGAUAAUAGUGAACUGAUGGAUGGUGAUCCGCUGGGUGAUGAGGGCGAUGAGGAGGAGGUGGGUUGUGACGGUGAAGACGGUGAGAGUAGCGCUGCAAGUUUCCAAGAACAAGAUGCUAUGGAAGAGGAUGAUGUGAAGGAACCUGUGCCAAGCUCAGAGAGUUCACAUAGCGUGUGCCGCGUGGGCAAUGCUGUAGGGCGGUAUGGCUUUCGAAAGCCGUCUUCAGAUGAGAUAACCAAAUGUAGCAAUUCUACUGAGUCUGUGGAAAGGUGCACCACUAUGACCAGUGAUCUACGUUCACGUUCAUCUUCUCUACCUCGUUCAGUUGGAGUGAAGAAAGAACCGGAGAGAGGAGGCUUUGUGGCAGCAGCAGUAAAGAAAGAACCGGAGAGUGGAGGCUUUGUUCCGUCUACUAUCAACAAGCCUGGCGGUAUGCGCUUGAUGUCACGCCUGAAUGCUCCUUCCAGUGUGGUGAAAGUAGAGAAAUCAAGAGCUAUGGAUAUGCCAGCUCCUUCAGUUGGCGCUCUGCAGCCUGGUGUGCUUGCGUCCAUGUCCAAUGUUGUUGGCCAGCCGAAACUUACCAGUGACAGUGGUGGGAAGUUUGUCAAGUUCCCUAAACGUCAACGACAGCAACAUCAGCAGUCACCAGCCAACAGCACUGCUGCAGGAUCUACUAGACUACUUGCAAGUGGCCGGAAAGGAUUGAGUCUGUCAACUAGGGGCAGGCAAUCCAAUGGUCUGGCAGGAAAUGGUAGUCCUGUUGUUCCUGGCAGUGGCAGCGGCAGUGGUGGUGGCAAUGGUGGCGGUGGUAAUUGGCUUGAUGACAUCUCUAUGGAGGACAUUGACAGCCUAACAGCCAUAGCAUCGAGUAACACUAAUGCUAGUGCAUCUAACAAGACUGCAGUUGCUGCUUCUACUGCUGCGACUGCUGUGUUGCCUGUACCGAGUGCUGGGAUCAGCAAACAAACCCCAUCCCAAGAAAAAGUGACUAUUCUGCGGUCUUCAGGUCAGCAAUCGGCUAGUUACACUGGGGACACUGGGCCAGCGGCAGCACCUAAGGCCUAUGUGACCAGUGUGUCUGGGCAACGGCCAUCUGUAGGCAAGAAGCAAUCCUCCGGAUUAGAAUGUGUUGCACUGACACCCGUUUCUGACAUGGAUACUUGCCGCACUGUGGACCUCACUGGAGAGCAGUCAAGUACGCCAAUGUCAGGCAAUAGGCAGCCAGCGAUGAGGAAACAAACUACUUCUUCUGUCAGCCAACCUUCUUCAGCUUCAACAAUGGGGAGCAGUACUAGCAAGGAGAUGGAGCCCAGGCGAGGAGCAGAUCAGAAUCUUCAUAUUCUCGUCGGCACCAACUACCCACCGUAUCAGCAGAUACUGUCCGGUCUACGGCACCGUCAUUCACACAUCGUCACUUGUCACUUCUGUCAGUUGCAGCACACUGGUGUUGUUGUCAGUCAGCGGAUGGUAGUGGAGUGCGUCACUUCAGCAGACUUGUCAUCUGUGAAUCGGCGACGUCAGCUCAGCCAGCGUAUACAGCAGCACCGCAUACACUUUGCCAGGGUCACUGUUCUUGUACAGAGCAGCAAUGGCACCGACCUACUAUCAAGCGGCUGUGAGGAUUUUCUCAGUGACAUCAUCUCGGCUUCACGGGUACUUCUCUUGUGGAGUUGCACAAUCGAGGACACAGUGUCAGUGUUAGUGGACUUGGCCAAGAGAGAAUCUACCGAUCAUGACGCCUCCAUUGUAGCUACUCCGCAGCGUUAUCCCGGUGAUAAGAUGGUCGAAUUGUUAUGCACAAUCAGUGCAAUCACGCUGACCACGGCAAUGCAGAUCAAGCAUGUCUUUGGCAGUAUAGCUAAGCUAUGCGAUGCAGCCAGCUCUCCUGCUUGCCUGCGCCAACACCUCAACUUCAUCAGCCAACGACAGGCGAAGAAUCUUGCCUACUUUUUCUCCGUGCAAUUCAAUCCUGUGAUGCUGCCACGAUGAGAACAUUUCCGAAAAUCUUUUGAAUCCUUCCGAGUGGAUCAACAUCUGCAUCAUUCCGAGUGGAUCAACAUCUGCAUCAUUCCGAGUGGAUCAACAUCUGCACCAUUCCGAGUGGAUCAACAUCUGCACCAUUCCAAGUGGAUCAACAUCUGCACCAUUCCGAGUGGAUCAACAUCUGCUUCCAGAGGAAGUGGUGAGAACAGUAAGUAACUUUGUGCAGAUAAAGAUCUUCACGUCUACCAAGCACACAGCAAUGCAUAUACAGUACUUGUACAUAUAGCAACAUAGUCCAGUAGUGUGUCUGUCACUGUCCGUUGCCCUUUGGACGGGCUCUAGCUGUGCUGGAUUUGUUGUGUCUGUCACUGUCCGUUGCCCUUUGGACGGGCUCUAGCUGUGCUGGAUUUGUUGUGUCCGUCACUGUCCGUUGCCCUUUGGACAGGCUCUAGCUGUGCUGGAUUUGUUGUGUUGGUCACUGUUCAGUCAUUGUGUUUUUUAGGUCUUUUUCAGAUAUUUCAUAUUUCCCCGGCCUUGGUCCUGGGUCAUGCGAUGCACAUAUUGUUCUAUCUUGAAGUUUAUCAGCUGCAGCUACUGCUGCUAUCGGUUCUUUUCUAUAGCACCGACUACUGAAAAUAUUCAGUGGCACAUCUUUCGGAUUUUUUUCCUAAGUCUGCUUUUCUACUGUGCGUAGUAGUACCAUUGUUCCAUCUACUUGCUCCUAUCAUGAUUGCCAGUGUCGCAAUGCUGUGUGCGUUGAGAAAGGCGUCUACAUCCACAUAAUACGCUCUAAUUAUUAUCUCUUUGAGUUGCAGUUUCCUGCAAAGCCAUGAACUCUGAGCUACUGGCAUCUGACUUUCUAGAAUAUAUUCUCUAUCAUCUUUUUGUCUAUUUUCUUGUAUCAGUGUUAUUAUGUAGUUGUUCAGGGAGUGCUUGGCUGGUCCACACUUUCCUAGCAUAGCCACUUUUUUCUGUUGCAUAA